UCAGCUGCUGCCUGCAACUGCAGAAGUGCAAAGCAUUCUCUGAACUUUCUGCGAGAUUGUUGAGGAUGGCGGUCGUGACAUCCGAGUUCAGCCGCGUGUUCUCCGCGUUCGACCGCGACGGCGACGGCAAGAUCUCGGCAGCCGAGCUGCGGCUCUGCAUGAGGGCCGCGCUCGGCGAGGACGUGUCCGCCGAGGACGCCGACCGUCUCGUGGCGUCCGCGGACGGCGACGGCGACGGGCUGCUGAGCCAGGAGGAGUUCCUGAAGCUGGUGCGGCUGGAAAACCAAGAGGAGGAGAGGUGCCGGGGACUGAAGGAGGCGUUCGGGAUGUACGAAAUGAAGGGCGAGGGGUGCAUCACGCCGCUGAGCCUGAAGCGGAUGCUCAGCAAGCUCGGGUCGCACCAGGAGGUUGACGAGUGCAAGGCCAUGAUCUGCAGGUUCGAUCUCAACGGAGACGGGGUGCUCAGCUUCGAGGAAUUCAAGAUCAUGAUGGAUGCAUAGAUGUUGAUCUAUCACUUGUCCCGUCCAUUACAAGAUGAAUGUUAAUUAGUACUAGUUCGUCGU